CCAGGAAAAUUCCGUCAUGCGCCUAUAGUCGAAGACUUGAGAAUUGAGAGUCACUUGACUUUGCAUGAUCUGGCGGGCUCGCCUAGGGUAACAUGAAUGACUCGGAAGAAGGAUACCUGUGGUGUCUGGCGACGUAAUCAAUACCGAUACUGUCAGGCUAUCAGUUAUAUUUGCUUGGUCAGAAGAGUCGUGGUGUAGUAGUAGUUCAUCGAGACUGCACCCCUGGGUUUACUGCAACUAUACCUCGCGUCCAGUUGUUGAUUCGCUGUAUGUAUUGUUGUCAUGAGUGAAUAUAAACGUGCGUGAGUGACCAGGCGCAGUUCUGUCUGCAGGCAUGGAUACUACUAUUGGAGUCUCGUUUUUGGACCCGUUGAAUGAUUACGAGUUAAUUCGUCGUAUUGGGAGUGGCACGUACGGAGAUGUGUUCAAGGCUCGCAACAUCAAGAGUUCCGCAAUGGCAGCCAUCAAAAUAGUUAAACUGGAUCCUGGUGAUGACAUCACAUCCAUCCAGCAGGAGAUCACUAUGAUGAAGGAAUGCAAGCACAAGAACAUUGUGGCCUAUUUCGGCAGCUAUCACAGAAACACUAAAUUGUGGAUAUGUAUGGAGUACUGUGGAGGGGGGUCGUUACAAGACAUUUACCACGUGACUGGGCCCUUAAAGGAGAAGCAGAUAGCCUACAUCUGCAGAGAAACCCUCCAGGGCUUGUACCACCUGCACGAAACAAGCAAAAUGCAUAGAGACAUAAAGGGAGCAAAUAUUCUUAUCACAAAACGAGGAGAUGUCAAACUGGCCGAUUUUGGAGUUGCUGCAGAGAUCAGUGCUUCUGUAGCCAAGAGGAAGUCUUUUAUAGGAACUCCCUACUGGAUGGCUACGAGACACUUUAUAAGGUGGUCAUAUGUCCUUAUGACAAGUCUUAUAAUGCAUUAUAACCACAUCAUAAUUCCUAACCCCCAAUAUCCCAUUUCACCUGACUGGUGUUUAUGUACCCAUGCCAGGAUGGCACCGGAGGUGGCAGCAGUGGAGAAAAAGGGUGGGUACAACCAUCUGUGUGACAUCUGGGCGGUGGGCAUCACGGCCAUUGAGCUGGCAGAGCUCCAGCCACCCAUGUUUGACCUCCACCCUAUGAGAGCCUUGAUGUUAAUGUCGAAGAGCAGCUUCCAGCCACCCAGGCUCAAGGACAAGACCAAGUGGUCUGCGGGGUUCCAGAGCUUUGUGAAGAUGUCCCUCAUUAAGAACCCCAGGAAGAGACCGUCGUCUGAGACCUUACUGCAGCAUCCGUUUGUGACCCAGCUACUGACUCGUAACCUGAUCAUUGAGCUGCUGGACAUGGCCAACAACCCGGACCUCCACUCCACACACGGCAUGGAUGAUAACGACCUGGAGAAUGUAGAAGCUGCUCCUGAUAAGAUCCAGUCUGCAGGGAAACACCUGCCUGUGGAGAGGACUCUGUCUGAAGAGCAGUUUGACCAAAUGAAGUUUGGGCCACCGUUGAGGAAAGUCACAGAGCCUUAUCCUGAUAUGCAAAGCUCGUAUGAAGACGAUUGGGACCUCUCAGAAGAUGAAACUGAAUCACCGAGCCUGUUAGAAUGUGUGGAAGAGGCUUUGCAGCUGAGGAGCUUAACCAUCAAAAGAGUGCCAUCUACUGACGGGGGUAAAGGUGGGAGGAAGAGUGGGUUAUUCAGCCCUUCCACAGCCUCCCUGCCUGCCAUCGGCUCCUUCUGUCCCACCCUGGAGGACAAGGACCUCGCCCUCCGCCCCAGCUCCACCCUGGGGCCCGACUCCACACCCAGCAACUCCAUGUCAGUCUUGGCCAGGUGUUCUGCUACCCAGGACAUCAGCAGACAGUGGUGCAGUGACCCCAGUGUUGCUGAGGGGAGCGCCGUGCAGGCGGAGAAGAAGACCGGGGGAGUGGCCUCUCCGAGCAGGGAAACCUCUCUCUCUCCAGAGUGGAGCACACUGAGGAGAAAGACAGAGGACUCUAGAGCUGAUUGUCAUGGACUCCCUCCUACCCCUCAAGUCCAUAUGGGUGCCUGUUUCUCCAAAGUCUUCAAUGGUUGUCCUCUGAAGAUCCACUGUGCUGUGACCUGGAUCCUCCCUAAAACCAGAGAUCAGUACCUUAUUCUGGGUGCAGAGGAGGGUGUAUAUACUCUCAACCUCAACGAGCUCCACGAGGACACUCUGGAGAAGUUGCUCCCACAGAGAUGUGCCUGGCUGUAUGUCAUGAACAACGUUUUGAUGUCCGUAUCAGGGAAGUCUUCCCAGCUGUACUCCCACAGUCUGAUGUCUCUGUUUGAACAGAGAGGUCACAAGCAGCAGAAACAGAGUCUGUCCCUCAGUACCAACCGCCUCACUGAGAGGAUCAACCCCAGCAGGAAAUAUGCUGUAACUGUGAAGAUACCAGACACUAAAAGCUGUCGAAGAUGCAGUGUGGCAAGGAACCCAUACACAGACAGCACGUUCCUGUGUGGGGCUGUACCGUCAGGUCUAGUUCUACUCUUGUGGUAUGACCCCAUGCAGAAAUUUAUGCAGCUCAAGCAUAUAGACAUACGUCUACCAGAUCCGCUCCCUAUCUUUGAGCUACUGGUGUUAGUGACAGAUGAGUUUCCACAGUUGUGUGUUGGUGUGAGAGACUGCACUGCAGAGAAAGGGAAACCGCCAAACAACCAGCAACUGAAGUUUGAUAUCGUAGAGUUGAACGGCACACCAAACUCUUCACCAGAGAGUAUGCCUGUCGGAGCCGGACCUGGAGCCGUGCAGGCGACACAGCUGGACAGAGACACGGUUCUCAUUGCACUGGAGAAGACUGUGAAGAUUGUCACCCUACAAGGGCUUCCUUCCAAGGAGCUGGCUUUUGAACUGGUCUUUGACUUCCCCAUUGAAACACUAAUUUGUUUACAGGACAGUGUUCUGGCUUUCUGGAAGCAUGGUCUUAAAGGGAGGAGUCUUCACACAAAUGAGGUCACGCAGGAGAUUACAGACGAAAGCAGAGUAUUCCGGGUCUUGGGGACGAACAGGGAUAUUGUCCUUCAGAGUACCCCCACAGAGGACCCAUCAGCAAUGAGCAACCUCUAUAUCCUGACUGGCCAUGAAAGCAGCUACUAAGAAAAGACAGAGAAAAAGGACUGAGGAAGGAAGGAAAGAAGAGAAAGCUAUAUUAAAGGAAGAAGUGAAGAAGAGUGUGUCCCAGAGAUGGGCAGCUUUUAUUGUGUGAAGAAAGGAGGCACUACAGGCCACUGGCUCUUCCCUGGCACCUAAUAAACUCGAACCAGCCCCCUGGCACCUAAUAAACUGGAACGAGCCCCCUCAGUGUAGACUUGUCUCAAACUGAUGUAACCCCCUGUACCUGCAUACUGGGAACUGACAGACCAUAUGAGACUCUCACACAAUUAGCCACAGGGAGAAAACUGAGCUGUCAUGUGUUCAAGGAAGAACUUGUUGAAAAAGACUUGUCAGAGAGAGCCCCCCCCCACCCCCAAUUUAGACCCCUAACCCCUUGAAUGCGCACACACUACUUUUAACCUGGUUCCAAAUUCAUUGUGUUUUCUUACUGGUGUGCCAUUGGAAAUACACUAACUGAUGACUGAAGUCUGCACUGUCUCCUGAUACAACAUUGUGAAGUGGAAACCAACUACAUCGGUGAACGGAAUACACUGCUAGACCACCAUGCUCUGUUCACUACCUGUAGUGGCAUAGGUGGCACCACUCCCAGAUGUCAACAUAAACAGUUUUCACCUCAUAUGCUUGAAAAUAUGUCACCUAAAAUCAGAUUGCUAAUACAUUUUAAAAGUGCUUUGAAAGACUUUUCUGAGAUCAGAUAAAGACUUUUACAGGAUUUAAAGUGUUUUUAAUGGAGAUCACUGUUGAGCAUGCUUUUUAGGACAGGAUUGGGCUUAAUCUGCAUCUGGGGAAACCAGCCCGAAUGAAGUUGAAUUGUAUGAUGAAUUCCAAUAUUGUUCUGUUGUGUUUAGUCUCAAACCAGACAUGGUGUGUUUGCCACAAAGUAAGACUAUGUUGCGUUUAAUGAUACUGGUUUGCUUUUGUUUGGUUGUGGAUGGGAGGGACUGGGCCCAAUGUAACACUCGUCAUCCCUGAAAGACACUUGAAGGAGAAUGCAUGUUGCUAUUUAAUUGUUUCUUUUAAGAAAAAAAUGUGAGAAUAUGGAUUUGAGAGUUUUUAUGUAUACUUUGUUGAACUUACGCCAAAACAUUGAAUUCCCAAUGAUAAAAUAAAACUUUUGUUUUUUUUAAA